GCUGGAUGGCGGCAAACUCUCUGACGACAGCCAGCUGCAGAACAUCCCGAUAGACUUCACCAACUUCCCUGCUCAAGUAGACCUCCCGAAGGGCAACGCAGGCAUGGAGGAGAACGACCUGGUGCAGACACCCAGGGGCCUUAGCGAUCUGGAGAUCGGGAUGUACGCUCUGCUAGGGGUCUUCUGCCUGGCAAUUCUAGUCUUCCUAAUAAACUGUGCAACGUUUGCACUGAAGUACCGUCACAAGCAGGUUCUGGUGGAAGGACAGGCCACCAUGACCCAUUCCCACGACUGGGUCUGGCUGGGAAACGAAGCAGAACUGCUGGAGAAUACAGCAGACGCAUCACCUCAGCAGGAUGAGCACACGACUAUUAUUGACCGAGGCUCGGGCUGUGAGGAGAGCAACCAGCUCCUCAACGGCAGUGCUCAGAAGAACAUCCAGAGCCAGGUUCACAGGUGUGCUGACUCAGGGGGCAAGGUCGGAAAGGAACAGAAAUCUGAACCUUUACAUUCACCCACAUCUAAACGGAAGCGGGUAAAAUUCACGACGUUCACAACCAUCCCACCCGACGACGGUUGUCCCACUGUCAACUCAAUCCUCAGUAGCAAUGAUGAUGACAUUAAGUGGGUGUGCCAGGACAUGGACCUGGGGGACUCCAAAGAGAUACGAAACUACAUGGAGAAGUUCAAAGACAAAGUGUAG